AUGGCGAAACAGCGCGUCUUGCUCUACGGCAUGGAGCACUCGUCGGUCAAGUCGCUCCAGGCACUGGUCGUUCUGGCCCUGGAUCUGGUGGGCAGCAGCAAUGGGCCACCUGGCUGGAACAUCAUGGCUCUCAUCACGCGCUCCGUCGUUCAAUUGGGACUCGCAGUCGAGAGCACCUCGUUCUCCGUCUCCCCAAACUUCACCUCGAUCUACACGCUCAGAGCCAUGAUACUGCCGGAACCCAAAGACUUUAUCGAAGAGGAGUCGAGGCGACGCUUGUUCUGGAUGAUUUACCUUCUCGACCGCUACGCGACCAUCGCCACGGCUUUCGAGUUUGCGCUCGACGACAAGGAGAUCGACAGGACGCUCCCCUGUCGCGACGACCUGUGGAUCAAGAACCAAAAGGUCGAGACGCGAUGGUUCAGGUUGCAGGAGCAGGAGGAGCCAAAUCCGGAAUACGAUGUCAAUAAGCCGGAGAACCUUGGUGCCUUCUCCUACUACAUUGAGAUUUUGGCCAUCCUCUCCAAGGUGCACAAGUUUCUCAAGCUGCCCGUAGACAUCAGCGCGCUGAGCGACGUCGAGCAGUGGCAGAUGCGCUACAAAGAGCUGGACAACAUGUUGACGUCUUGGAAGUUUGGCCUACCUGGGGAGUACGGGAACAUGGCCAAACUGUUCCAGCCCGGAAACAAGACACUCAACUGCGGAUGGGUCAUGUUGCACGCCACCUACCAUACCGCCGUCAUCCGGCUGCACUCGUCGGCGGCGUACCCCACAACCCGAUCUCCCAUAUUUACGCCCUCCUACAGCGCAUCUCAACGAUGCCAUGGUGCUGUCGAGAACAUCGCCGCGCUCGGCGAAUUUGUCGUGAACAACGGUCUACUCCCCAAGCUGGGGCCUCCAUUCGCCUUCACCCUGUGGGUAGCGGCCCGUCUUCUCCUAGUCCAUGGUUCGACGGUCGAACACAAGCUGUCACCGCAGAUCCAGUUCUUCGUAGACAGCCUGCGCGAGAUGGGGCGUUACUGGCCUGUCGCGGCGCGAUACUGCGAGCUGCUGCAGCGAGUGCUUGAUGAGCAUCGCGACAGCGAGCGCACCGGAGACGGUGUGACACCGAGCUCAGUCAAGAUCCUCUCGGACAUGCGGCGCACCGCGUUCGACCUCGACUUCUUGAUCUCCCGGCAGCCGGGACCCAAUGGAGUCAUCACGCACAGCCGCAUGCCGAGCGUCACGCCGGCACGAACGCCGGCGCCCAACGAGCUCGAGUACCUAGACGUCUUUGACUUCUUCAACGUCCCAAGGCUGCCUUUUGGCGAGCAGAUUGCAGGUGUGCAAGGAAUGCCCCAGAACAACGGUGCACACCAAGCAUGGAUGGCAGCAGCGGCGAGGCGCCUCAAGGACCGCCACCGCCGCAGCCGCCGAGCAACGAGUUCAACAUUACGAACUUUAUGGUCGAUGCCAACAGUGACUGGCUGUUCAAGCAAGAGGGUGGCAAGUACAUGUCUUGAUUGGUCAUUUGAUCUUGGUCAUGCGAUUGUGCGACCACUUAUUUGA